GAGAAGUCAUCAUUUCUUCUCAAAUGAAAUCUCUCUUUUGUUUCUUCUAAGGCUAAGCCUUCUGUUCCCAAAUCCUUUGGCUUCACAUAAAUUAAGCUGAGAUUUCAGCCAUGCACUCUCCAAUCUCAUCAAUCUUUUCCAACUACCCUCUCAUUUCUGCCAUCCUUGCUUUUGCCCUUUCUCAAUCUAUCAAGUUCUUCACCACCUGGUUUAAGGAAAGAAGAUGGGAUCUCAAACAAUUAGUUGGGUCUGGUGGAAUGCCAUCAUCUCAUUCAGCAACUGUCACUGCUCUUGCAGCUGCCAUUGGGUUCCAAGAAGGCUUAGGAGCACCUCUUUUUGCUAUUGCCUUGGUUUUGGCUUGUGUUGUAAUGUAUGAUGCUACUGGUGUAAGAUUGCAAGCAGGACGCCAAGCAGAGGUUUUAAACCAAAUUGUAUAUGAACUUCCAGCUGAGCAUCCUCUGGCUGAAAGCAGGCCGCUUCGCGAACUUCUUGGGCAUACACCCUCUCAGGUCAUUGCCGGUGGGUUACUUGGAGUCUUAACAGCAGCAAUUGGGCUUCUGAGAACCUUGAUUAGUAGUUAGACUUGAUGCCUUUCUUGACAUUCC